AUGUUCAUAGAAUCAUUUCAAUCUCAAUUUGCUUUAUCAUCGAAUGUUAAACAAUUGAGUUGUGGUGGUCAUCCAUGUAAAAGAUGUGGUGCAUGUCGUGAUUGGUAUCUGCGUCCUAAUAGUGAUGAUUUUGUAAAGCAUAAUAAUGCUAGUUGUAAUUGUAAUUAUAUGUACUGUCAUAAUCUUGUUCGUCAUCGAAUUCGUUAUAGAAAUGAAUUUUAUCCUAUUCAUAGUUUAAUAUGUAUGUGUAAAGAUAAUUGUUGGAAAUAA